UCGACGCGUUCCACUUCGGCGCCUGGGAGAAAAUGGAGGCAGAGCACUCCUCCGUCCCCCAGCCCCGGGCGAAGGGAGGCGCGGCGCCUCCGCCUGAUUCCGAUCGGGCCGCCGGGGGAGCCUCGAAGUACCUAGCCGGCCUCCCAUCCCGUGGCCUCCUCUCCUCCGCAGUUCCCUCUUCCAACCUGGGUGGCAUUCGGGUGUAUGUGUGUGAUCACGAGACGGCGCCACCAGAUGGGCAAUUAAUCAAGACAAACACAACAAACAUAUUAAUUAGAGCUCUUCAAAUUAACAAACAGAAGAGUGAUUUAAAGGAUGUAACUGCUAAAGCUGCAACAGAGAGCAGCACAGGCAAAAGAUCUGCUGGUAGAACUUCAGAGGGAAGGACUCCAAAGAAAACAAAAACUAGUUCUGGUUCUACUAGUAGCCAUCAAGGGAACUCCAGUAAUGGAUAUUCUGAGAAAACACUUCAGAUGAUGACUGUAGAGCGCUUGCGUGCUCUUUUGAAAGAGAGAGGACUGUCAGCAAAAGGGAAAAAGGAUGAACUGAUUGGACGCUUGAAAGACAAAUCAUAGUGGAAGCUGCUGACGAAACCUAGGAGUUUCUCAAGUGGCUUUCCACCAAAUGACUGAACUUUGUUGACCGUAGAUUUGAUCCAGCAAUGUCCAAACAGUUGUGGCAUCAAACGAUGCCACAAUUAAGAUGCUUUCUGGAAGAAGCCGGUGCCCUUUUUGUUGCUACCCUGUUGCGGUAUUUUUGUGACCAGCCUUUGCUUGGGAUAAAUUAUAAGGAUGUAACUCUUACUACAACCUGUCGAUAUAUGCUUAAUCAUGUCUUUUGGUGUUGCUGA